CAUGACUAGUACUGGCACAAAGGGGUCGUGGCUCUCGCAGCCGACGGUGAAGAGCUUGCUGGUAUAUCGGAACGGGGACCCUUUCUUCCCGGGGCACCGCAUUGUCAUCAGUGAGAAGAAAGUGUCCAACUUUGAGGUAUUCCUGAAAGAGGUGACAGCUGGGGUGAAGGCACCCUUCGGAGCUGUGCGUAACAUCUAUACCCCCCGGGGUGGGCAUCGUGUCCGGCAGCUGGAGGAGCUUCGAAGUGGAGAGCAGUAUGUGGCUGGUGGCAGGGAAGCCUUCAAAAAACUCAACUAUUUGAGCAUUGGAGAAACAAAGAAAAAACCUCCUGAAGCCAACAGUGAGGUCAAGCCUGUUACUCACAGUCGAAUCACUGUGUCAGCCCGGUUUCGAAAACCACUCCAGGAGCCCUACACUAUUUUCCUGAUUGCUAAUGGAGACCUCAUUAGCCCUGUAGUACGCCUCCUCAUUCCCAGGAAAACACUGAAUCACUGGGAUCAUGUUCUUGAAAUGGUUACAGGAAAAGUUACCAUCAGAAGUGGGGCUGUUCACAGACUUUACACUAUAGAUGGAAAACUUGUUCAGAAUGGGUCAGACUUGGAGAAUGGGCAAAUUUAUGUUGCAGCAGGCAGAGAAAAGUUUAAGAAGUUGCCGUAUGGUGAUCUGCUAUUUCGCAAAUCUGUAAUGAGAAGGCCACAGGGUUCUAAAGCGUCCGCACUACCUCCAAUUGUGGGAUCUCGAAAGUCUAAAGGCAGUGGAAGUGAUCGGCAAUCUAAAUCAACCACUGGAUCCAGUGACCCAGGAGAAAACAGUUCCUCACCUCAGUUUCCCCAAAAGAAAGACAAAAGAAGCCAUAAUCCAGGGGAUUCUGUGUCCGGACGGCACUUUUCUAACAACUCUACUAAAGUAAAACAGACAGUAACAGCUUCCGCAGGAGUCCUUCAAGAUAAUGGUGAAAAUAUUUUCAAAGCCAGUGGAGAUGGGUCUGAAAUCUGGGGAGCAGCUGAAGUGCAGGAAGAUGAAGAUACUCAUGUAGAAGUUCCGCUGGAUCAGAGGCCAGCAGAAACUGUAGAUGAAGAAGAAAAUGCAGAAGAGGAAAAUGACUGUGGAGAGGAGGUAUAUAAAGGAGAAGAAGAGUAUCCAGAAGUGAAUGGAGAUGAAAGUGAGAAAACUGCUAAAGAAAGAAGUGAAGUGGAAGAAAACAAGAAAUUAAAUGAGAAUUACAAAGAUGAAGCAGAAGAUACAGAAGAGGAUUCUGGUAGUCAGAACCAGGAGCUAUGGUAACAUGCUGUUGGUUUAGGUGGAGGCAUACAGCCCUGAAAAAUAAAGUGGACUGCCCUGGCUGUCAUAUGAACUGACCAGCAAACAGAAUGUAGGAAUGAAGUAUUUUGUUUGAUGGGGAGAAUCCAGAUCUGGAAAAGUGGGAUCCUUGAGCAUCAGAAGCAGAACAACUUGCUGCAUAUUUCAUGCCUAUAGGCUGCUGAAACCAGACUCUUCCUCUCUUUGUGACACUAGGACUGGCUUCUUGUACCUUGCAACUAGGUUUUCUUCUGUUUCUGUAUGACAUACAAGAACAUCUUUCAAUUAAGAGAGCUACAUAGCGUGAUGCUUUCUUGGGCUCUGAAUUUAUUCAGUGCUCAAUAUAUUGAUCUUUUGUUUGUUUUUAGAAAAGCUGAAGUUAUUUAUGGGAGUGGAGAAAGUGAGCAUUUAAGUGGGUAUGUGGGUAACUGAUGUUUAAUGAAAGAACUUGGGGGGAACCUCUAAUCUGAGUAAGUUAUCCUUUGGAAGGUAUACAUGUGUAAGGUAAAUAAAAAUGUUAAUGUGAUCAUUAUCAGAAAACAUUUUUUUCACAUUGAUACUUUGUGGAAACUUUAGUAUGAGGUGCUAGCACUAGAUUGAAAUGAAGUGAAAUCUUUGUUACCUCGUGAAGUUAACAGUACCUUUCCUUUUUCUCUAGGUUGAUUUCCAUCUUGAAAAAACAUCCACAGCUCCAAGGGUGACAAUCACCAGCCCGCAGGAAAGUGAAAAA